UCACAUGCCUACAUUCAUUCCCACUUAUCCCACACAUACUCACACGCAGAAGAGAGAGAGAGAGAGAGAGAGCACAGCAGUAGAAGAGUUCCGGAGAAGAAAGAUGGCUGACGCAUCACACCUCGAAAGAAUGGGAAGGGAGCUCAAAUGUCCUAUAUGUUUGAGUCUCUUGAAUUCUGCCGUUUCACUCACAUGCAAUCAUGUGUUUUGCAAUUCAUGCAUCGAGAAAUCUAUGAAAGCAGCAUCAAAUUGUCCGGUCUGCAAAGUUCCGUACAGGCGUAGAGAAAUUCGGCCUGCUCCUCAUAUGGAUAACUUGGUCAGCGUUUACAAAAGCAUGGAAGUGGCAUCGGGAGUGAAUAUUUUUGUCACUCAAAAUGGAGCUUGUACCAAACUAUCUGGUGAAGAUAAUCAGACUGGUAUCAAUCUGCUUGAGGUCCAAAAUAAUAGCCGAAACCAAGUGGAGAGUUUAGAUUCUGCAAAUCAGAAACGUCAAAAAAGAGGAUCAAGAGGUUCAUUAGUGAAUACUCAGAGAUCUUCUGGGUCAAACGUAGUGAAGCCUUCAUUUCCUACCAAGAAAAGGGUUCAGGUACCCCUCUAUCCAACUUCAGAGACCCAGAUGGAGCCUGUAAAUCUGGGAAGUGAUGUUGACAGGAUUGAACAUAAAAAUAGUGGUGUUUUACAAAGAGACAUGCAUUCUGCAACUGAAAAGGGGGAAAUGAUUUUUUCUCCAUUUUUCUGGCUGAGAGAGGAAGAGGAUUUAGAGAAAUUAAGUCAGCAGACUGAUGACAAUCAGGUCAUGUAUACACCGCCAGAUGCCCCUUGCUUCAGUGACAUCAAGGACUCUGAUGAUGAAGUUCCUUGUAAAAUAAGUCCAAAAAGAGGAACCUGUGUCUCAUCAAACAAUGCAGACUUCAUUGAUAGUGAGAUGUUUGAUUGGACACAAAGGCCUUGCUCCCCUGAACUUUUUUCAAGCCCCCUGGCAAUGCAGAUGGAAGAUACUGCUCAACAGAAUGGAGCUCAAGAGAAGGCUGAUGCUGCCUUGACAGAAACAAAUGAAGCUCCAAAGAUUAGUCCCAACAUCAGAGAAGGUCUGGGCAAGAAAAGGAGGAUGGACAAAACCUCAGACAGUAAAGGUGGGUUAAGAGCGUCUAAUAAGCAAGUCAGUCAUGCAACAGAGACCAGAAAAAGCAAGAGACCCAGAAAAACUAUUUGUGGAGAAACUGCAGUUCAAAUUGUUCCAGACAAGGUAACUUACCAACAUAGGCAAGAAGGCAGUAAAGACAACCAAUUGAUUUUGAAUGGAAAACUCACAAAAAGCAAUAAGGUCCAUUCUGAAGCUAGUGCUCUCGGGACAAAUGUUCAAACUCUAUCCAAUGGGACAGAGCCUCUGACUAAUAGCAACAAGACUGCACCUGGUUGUGUUUCAGCUUCAGAAAAUUUUGAAAAAAGCAGUGAUGGAAGUAGCAAGAUAAAGAAAAGUGGUGAAAGCAGCAAAAGAGCCAAGAAAACACUUGCUUCAAAGCAGAAAAUUGGUAGUAAAGUAAAACCUCUAGAGUUUGAAACUAGCAAAGGCCAAGUGAAUGCAGCUCAAUGCAAUGAGGUUUUGGUUCCUAAGUCACUUACUAAUCUGUUGCCAUUAAGCAAUGACAAAGAACAUUCAAAUAAAGGCAUUAGAAGAACCUAUAAAAAAAAUAUUAACAAAAUGCCGAAUUCUCUGAAGAAGGUAAAAUUCUGUGUAGAAGGCCCGACCAAGGACAACUGUGAUGGUAUCCCUUUAAGUGCUAAUGAAGAGGAUGAAAUGAGAGGUCAGACAUUUCAAGCAGUUCAAGGUGCUACACAUCAAUUAGGGAUCAAAGUCCAAGAAAAAAUGGAGAAAGCAACGUCCUCUUUGGAUGGUGGAGUUCUGCUUAAAUGCAAUACAUCUCCUAAUACAAUCUGUUGUGCUUUCUGCCAAUCUUCCAAAGAAUCUGAGGUUUCAGGGAUCAUGAUUCACUAUCUCAAUGGGAAGCCGGCGGCAGACAAUCACAGUUCAAGAACAAAUGUCAUACACGUGCACAAGAAUUGCACAGAAUGGGCCCCUAAUGUGUAUUUUGAAGAUGAUAAUGUUAUCAACCUCGAAGCUGAAUUGUCUAGAAGUCGAAGGAUUAGAUGUUCUUGCUGUGGCAUCAAGGGGGCUGCUCUCGGAUGUUACGAAAAAAGUUGCCGCAAGAGCUUUCAUGUUCCUUGUGCUAGGUUGACUCCGGAAUGUCGAUGGGAUUGUGAAAACUUCGUCAUGCUAUGUCCACUUCAUGCUUCCUGUCAACUGCCGAAUGAGAUGCCUCAAUCUGAAUCUGGCCAGAAAAGAAAAUCUGCUCCUGAAAGAAAAUCUUGUCUCCAACAAGUUAAAACCACUGGUGAAUGUGAAAGUGGUGCAGUAUCACAGUGGAGAUCUCAGAAAAAGUUCAAGAACUUGGUUCUCUGUUGUUCAGCUCUCACGAACGCAGAGAAGGGGACUGUCACUGAAUUUGAAAAGUUGUCUGGAGUAACGAUACUGAAGAACUGGGACUCAAGUGUCACCCAUGUAAUUGCCUCCACAAAUGAGAAUGGGGCAUGCAGAAGGACACUCAAAUUUUUAAUGGGUGUGUUGGAAGGAAAAUGGAUUUUGAGUGUUCAUUGGAUCAAGGCUUGCUUGGAAGCUGGAGAAUUAGUUGAUGAGCAACAUUACGAGAUUUCAAUUGACAUUCAUGGAAUCAGGGAUGGACCAAGGCUUGGCAGAUUAAGAUUUCUAAACAAGCAAACAAAGCUUUUUGAUGGAUAUACAUUCUUUUUCAUGGGUGAUUUUGAAACUUCAUACAAACGAUAUCUUCAUGAUCUUGUGGUUGCUGCUGGAGGAAAAGUUCUGAACAGGAAGCCUGUUGCAGGAAACCAGGCAAUUGGGUCGACUCAAUCCCAUGCAACAACCUUCAUCAUUUACAGCCUUGAGGUUCCUGAUCAAUGUAGGUCAUCCAAUGGAAGUUCAAUGUUGAACCAUAGACGUGCACGUGCUGAGGCUUUAGCCAGCUCUGCCGGAGCUGCAGUAGCAACCAAUUCAUGGAUUAUGAACUCCAUUGCAGGUUAUACGUUGCAAACAAUUGGAGAAUGACUAUGUUGCUUUUGAUCUAUGU